ACGCUGAUAAACUUGGCCCUCUGCGCUUGCGGUAGCGCCCCUGACAGUAAACAGGAAAUAGAAUUCUCUAUUCCCGACUCUCAAUGUUCGGGCGAGAAAGGCAAAGGACCCGGUAGAGAAGCCUGGUGGCUACCGACGUUUCGCAUGCUUUCCUGGAGUUUGCACUUGGCCUCCACCUUUGUCCCCCCGCUCCCCGGCCGCUUCUGCUCCAGGUCAGGUAUUUGGUCUCUUCAGAACCAUGGCGGAAUACUCCUAUGUGAAGUCCACCAAACUCGUGCUCAAGGGGACGAAGGCUAAGAGUAAGAAGAAAAAGAGCAAAGAUAAGAAGAGAAAAAGAGAAGAGGAUGAAGAAACCCAACUUGAUAUUGUUGGAAUCUGGUGGACAGUAACAAACUUUGGUGAAAUUUCAGGAACCAUAGCCAUUGAAAUGGAUAAAGGAACCUAUAUACAUGCACUUGACAAUGGUCUUUUUACACUGGGAGCUCCACAUAAAGAAGUUGAUGAGGGCCCUAGUCCCCCAGAGCAGUUCACAGCUGUCAAAUUGUCUGAUUCCAGAAUUGCCCUAAAAUCUGGCUAUGGAAAAUACCUUGGUAUAAAUUCAGAUGGACUUGUUGUUGGGCGUUCAGAUGCAAUUGGACCAAGAGAACAGUGGGAACCAGUCUUUCAAGAUGGGAAAAUGGCUUUAUUGGCCUCGAAUAGCUGCUUUAUUAGAUGCAAUGAAGCAGGUGAUAUAGAAGCAAAAAGUAAAACAGCAGGAGAAGAAGAAAUGAUAAAGAUUCGGUCCUGUGCUGAAAGAGAAACCAAGAAAAAAGAUGACAUCCCAGAAGAAGACAAAGGAAAUGUGAAACAGUGUGAAAUCAAUUAUGUAAAGAAAUUUCAGAGCUUCCAAGACCACAAACUUAAAAUAAGUAAAGAAGACAGUAAAAUUCUUAAAAAGGCUCGGAAAGAUGGAUUUUUGCACGAGACGCUUCUGGACAGGAGAGCCAAAUUGAAAGCUGAUAGAUACUGCAAAUGACCAGGAUUUUUGUUUCUUCUUUAUCUUUUUGUUUUUUCUGAAUAAAAUAUGCAGUGGAAGUGUUUUUACAGAGUUCUUGAGCUGUUACAAAAUUAUUGUUUAACUAGUAGCUAGUUUAACCAAGAUUAAACAAGUUUAAUCAAGAUUCUUUUUUUUUUUGAGACAGAGUCUCACUCUGUUGCCUGAGCUAGAGUGCCAUGGCGUCAGCCUUGCUCACAGCAACCUCAAACUCCUGGGCUCAGGCGAUCCUCCUGCCUCUGCCUCCUGAGUGUUCCAAAUCCAGGUUGUGUAUCAGGUGCCUGGCUUUCACCAUGGAAGUUCUGACUCCAGACUGAGCUCAGACAUCUGUGUGCUUUUAAAAGUCCAUGUUGUGACCUGUCCCAAGAGGGUAACUGCAGGUGUUUGGGGGCAAGUCCCUCCAUGGAAAUAAAGUGCUCAAGUAACUUGUA